AUGCAUCAUUACCAUUUGCUUACGUGGUCCUUUUUCCUCAUAAGCGCCUCGGUGCAGUGUGAAGGCAUACCACAACCGGCCCGAACUUCCACCACCCUGUCGGAGCUAUCCAGAUCGAGAACCACAACGACUGCGCAGUGGCUAGAUGGGACAACAGAUGACACCGUCAUGGCUAAGAUCAUCGCAGCGAACACCGGAGACGAAUGGGACGACAGCUCACCAUCGCGAGGGGCUCAGGAUUGCAGUGCUCUAGUGCCAGUGCCGCGGGAUGACAGCGACCCGAGGGGAACAGAGAAGGAGUCAGUUUUGCAGAAGAUCAGGGACGUUACGGCUGUCCUUGCAUUUCUGUUGCUGACAUUGCUUGCGAGCCGACUUCCAGGUGCUGACAGGCAAAGAAACACUCCCGCAGGUGGUUCUGCGCCGCUGAGUAUCCCUGGAGGGUAUCGUCGGCGACUUGCCGCGCCAUCGAGUGGCGUUGGAGACAAAGGCGAGACACCACCUCCAGCGGAACCCCGGGUCCGGCGUCCACCACAGCAGCCUGGUGUUUUUCCACCAUCCUCCUCGCAAAUAGUUGCACCACCGGAAAACGGAGAUCCGGUGGUAGAGGCGUCGUUAUCGCGACUCCGCAUUUCCCCAAGGGGGGACGAUCAAUCCAGUCACCGCGCUCACACCCCGCGUUCGACGGGUAGGGGUAGAAUAUAUAUUGGCAGCGCCAGACCGGAAGUGCACGCACCGAUGGCUCUUGCACCGUCUCCGUCUUCACCGCAAAACCCGGGAGUGUCCGUUUCACACCGUGGUGCCAGUCGCUCCUCGGUGGCCUGUCGACCAGGAUGGACAUGCGCUGGCCUUGAUGGAAAAACGGCGACACUGGGUUGGGACAGUCUGCUUCCAAGUGGGGACACGAUAUGGGAGGACAGCGUCAGACACCGCUUCAAUAACUUGAUCGAACGGGAAGCAAGCCGGCAGGCUUUGGUAAUGUUGGCUAACUCCAGCAAGAUGCCUGGGAUUGACAGGCCACCGCCCACAACGCAGCUGGACUCUGACAUCCUCCAUUGGAUGCCGAGCGGUCACGACAUGAAGAAGACUAAAGCUGAUCUACUGCGCCUGCUUAGUCGACGGCAGUAUGAUGCAGCGUUUGUAGCCCACCUGCUAGUUUCUCCGGCGCUGCGUCACUAUGGUAAAUGGCUAGUGGACACGGAGCGCGCCGGAACACGAGAGCUGAAGUUGAUCCUCGACCAAAUGCAAGAACAAGAACGGACGGGCCAGUCCGACAAGGAUGCGAGAAGUGCUUUAGAGCAGCGUCUGAGUCACGUCCCUGCAGACGGGGUGUCUUGGGAGGAAGCCGGCCCAUCACCCGUAUUGCUUCAGUGGCUCGGGGAACAGUAUAUGAACGAGAUUGUGAACCCUUUGCCACAAAAGAGAAGAUCACGCCAGCGACUCAGUAGACAAGUACUGUUUUCGCUGCCGUCACUGGCAUCCCCCGUUCUCCCUGCUAUCAAGGAACGUCGUGAAUCCGGAGACGAGGAAGAAGCUGCUGCGACAUAUGUUGAAGGUGCGGUUUCACCGUCCAGCGGUAGCUCCGCACCGCCGGCAGGCGACAGUUCCGGUGUUUCCACACCUGAAACAGGAUUGGAGGCUGCGCUCAUGGCUUUCAGUACCAAGGAGAAGAUCGUGUUGAGAAAGGAAAUACCAGGAUUUCAGUCACUGCUUCAAGCCCACGUGGAUGAACUUCAGGAUGAUGAGUCAGCGGCGGUACUGCCCAGUGUGAGGCAGCAGGUAUUCCAGCAACUGGGCGAAAAGAUUUUCGCGAAGAAGCUGUCACACAGAUCAAAGCUAUGGAUGAAUCCUCCUUCCAAGAGGCAACCGGCUAGAAAAGGCGCAAAGGGAUUGGAAGCAUAUCAGAAUGUGCCCGAGACGUUCUGGACGGAUCCGUUCGAGUGA